AUGGAGAGAGACCACGAGCCCGGUUACGAGGAGGCCGAAGACCCGGCCGAGCCGGAGACUUCCGCCGAUCCAACCGAGACGGCCGAGGCCGAUGCUUCCGGCGAGGCCAAGAAGCGAAACCGCUGGGCCUUCUUCCGACCUCGAGCAGGGUUGGCCGGGACCCGGCAGGAGCUUCAGGUGGAGGCCCGCACGCAGACGGAUCCCAUGAAGCGGACGCUGCACUGGGAAUUCUCCAUGGCUGUUUCGGCCGUGCAGUACGUGGGCUCGGAGAGCGAGAUCCGAUGUUUUCUGAGUGUCUCCAUGCAACCGACCAAACCUCUGGGGAGAGCCUCCGUAAAGCUGCUGACACAAUACAGCGCUUGCUACAAGUUGGAGAAGGGAGGGAAGCUGGUUUUGGAUCAGCCCAGGCUCUUUUAUCAGCGGAAGACUUUUAAGGCGACGCCCAAUGAGCUCUCAAAGCUGGAGCUGAAAAUCGGUAUGUGGAAAGUCUCUCGCUGGACCUUCAACAGCUUCUACGGACUUGGAAGCAAGACAUUGGAGCAGAUCAUGAGUCGGGAGUCACAAACCUCCAUCCGAGUUAGAGAGGCUUUGACUCAGGCGGACCGGGAUGAGAAGAAGAAGCACCGUCGACCCGUAUCCGACGUGGGUGUUGUCUACGGAGAAGUGGUACUGGAGGAACUCUUCGACGUAAAGCUCUUCUUCGAAAAUUGGAAGUUCUUUCCAAAAGCAGGUGCCAAAAUCGGUGGAAAGAAGGAGGAGAAGCAGUUGACAUUUAUCGUGCCCAAGAACAUUCGUGCGAAUCCAGCAAAAAACAAAAACUGCCAAACCGCUUCAACGAACUGGCGCGGCGAGGGAUCUGCACUGGAGCCAUUCACAUGGAAGCAAGCGGAUGUGGCCACGCUCAGAGCGACAAGGAGAAGCCUGCAGCAGAUGUAUUUCUUGGCAAAGCUCUACAGCUCAAAGAAGACUGUCGGUGACAAGCACCCCCUGUCGAAGUUCAUCGCAAGCGCCGUCUUCAACUUCCAGUCCGUGCUGGAUGUACCCUUCUUCAAAGGGACGUUAAAGCGCUUGACCCACCAGCUUGAAGACUUCGACGUAGGUAGAGUUGAAGGCAGCGUGACGUGCAUCUUCUGCCCGGUUGGCCAAUCGAGGCCAUCUCAGCUGGAGAUGUACCAGCCACGAACUUCAAGCUCUGUAGGGCAUCUGAACAGCCAAGAGGUGCAUCUGGUGAUCCGAGUGCAGAAGUGCGAGGGUCUCGCAGUGGCCGAUGAUGACAAAGGCUCUUCCAGCCCUUUCGUAAGAGUCAGUUGGGACAACAUGAUGCAGACGUCUCCACCACUAAAAGACACCAUUCGACCUGCCUUCAAUCACACUUUCUACUUCCCGGUCCGCUUCUUCAACGACAAGGUUACGUCCAGAAGGUACUUGCAGACUGCGUUUCGUCAUGAGAUGAAGGCCAAAGGAGACAUACAGAUCCAAGUCUGGCACUAUGAUGAGGCGUCCUCUACAUCAUUGGGUGUAGCAAACAUCUCGCUCAUUUCUGUUUUGAGCAGCAAUCAUGUGGUUCUUUGUACUCUGCGCGGGCGUGUGCAAGUUGACAAGAAUUUGGAAGAGGAGCUUGAGGAUGUCCAGGAGAGCAAGGAUGUGCAGUGGUAUGACCAAGAACGCCAGGUGCGGUGGUACGAUGGCUAUCGCACUCCAUUAGUGGGAUGUCAAAUUGUAAAUCACAAUGAGGCAUUGGUUCACUGCGAGGCUUUCUUUUACCCAGGCCUUCCCACAGACUUCAAGCAGCUUGCCGAAAACGUGGAAGAUAAUUCUGCCGAAGACACGUUCUGGAAGACAAAGAGUUCGGAGUUCCUCAAGAAGAACCAAGCCUUCGCGGAGAAUUAUGCAGGGCCCUUUCCAGAUUCAAUUGGCGCUAAGCCAUGUUCCAUUGAAGUUUCCCGUGUUUCAGAAGUCCGCACCUUCCCAUGCUUGGGACUGCACCAGAUGACCCUGGAGCCGAUGCCUUUAAUGUCCUUCCUUUCUGAUGUGAUUGUGAGUCAGGAGUACACCAAGCCUGCCAAACUUUUGCAUUGGAUCCAUUGCAUUACCUACAGGAUGAAUGCCAAGCAGGAGCGGACUGGGCUGAUCCUCGAGGACAUGUGGAAAGACUCGCAAUUUUUGCUCUUUAGUAGGGCGGGAUCCCCGCAGGACCAUGCAAUCCUGUUGUGCUCUGUUCUGAGGGGCAUGUCUAGGGAUGCAUUUGUGGUGAAAGGGACUGUCCGAGUGCCUGCAGACUUUGGCAAGUCACGGCUUGUGGAGCAUACCUGGGUCAUGACGCGCGAAGAUGGUGGGUGGGUGACUUUUUGGGAACCAUCCACAAGGGAACUGUAUCACCUUCCUCAGCGCUGGGUGAAGCGAAAGAGCAGCCAGGCCGUUGUGAAAAGCGACGAUGCCCUUGCUCUUCAAAGAGAGGAUGAGGAUGACAAGGACUUCUUGGAGGCGCAGGACCGUGCCACUGAUGAAGUGCAGGAUGUGAUGAUCGAAGCCGGUGACCUUCACGACGUCCCGCGUGUCGGCCGAGCUCCACGAGCCAAGCAACGUGCCCAAGAUGCCAAGGGGAGGGAUGCUGUGCGCCACCAGAUGCUGGAGAUGCAGCAGCGUCUGCCCAUCGCCCCAAGGUCUUAUUUACUCUCUGAAGGCGACAAAGGCUUGCUGGUAAGCUGGCUGCCCUAUGACUCCAUCGAUGUGGUCUUUAACGCAGACCAGCUGUGGGCCAACCAUCAGAACCAUCAUCCUGCAUGUAUCACCUACAACUUUGAGGAUGCCACGCCAGUGAAUGCAGCCGAGACUGUUGAGGGCUCCUGGAUAGCACUGCUCUCGGAAGAAGAGCGGCAACAGGUGACGAUCAACCCUAUCACGGCCAACGUUUUAAUGGAAGCACCCAUGAAACCGGCCCUGGUCCAAAAGCUCCAAGAGCAGCUCGUUGCCGACUCCCAGGAGAAUCUCCGACUUCUGCGGGGACGGAACGGCAAAGAGACCAGCUUUGAUCAGCGAAGUGCCUUGCUGACCCAGUUGGAGGACUUCAUCGACAUCCACGAAACUUUGCUGGGCUUGGACAUCGACUUCUGCCCCUUGUGGAGCAAGGACCGCAGCGCUUGGAAAGAGGAGGAAAGCUAUCUGGCCCGCUUGCUGGAGCCGCGGGCACAGGAGCCUUGGAACAAGCACGGAACUCCUUUUCGUCAGCCUGAUCCGAGUGGCAAGUACCGGUACUACUCCACUAUCCAGGCAAGUGAGGAGAGCGGCUGGGGUGAAGUGUUGGCAAAGAUUGCGCGGUUUGUGCAAAGCAAGUCCUUCUUCCCCACCAUGAAGGGCAAGGUCUUCAACGGCUUUCCCCUCCAUUUUUCCAGUGCAGACAAGGAGCUGGUUCGAGACUACGUCAUGGAGUCUUCUGAGUACCAGGACCUGAUCCAACUUGGCGACCAUGCGAUCUUCACCGUGUUCUGCCGAAUCUUUCCCAUGGCGGGAGGAAUCUCUUCCACGUGGUUAUUCUUCGGAACACAGCUCCCACUGGAGGCAUGA